UUGAAAAGCGCUAAUUUUGUUGUAAAAGUGUUUUUGUUCUGUUUGCUUGCAUAAAACUGCGGGUGCCAAGUGAAUUAUUAAUUAUUGCACCACCGAAAAUGACCGAUAAUAAGUGAUCAGUGGUCCCCCAGUGCGGUCAAGCCAGCGCGAAAAAAAACCAAAAUAAAAGAUGAAUCAGUGACGUCGCGAAUCCAACAUCUGAGUCGACAAAGAGAAACAGGAGGAAAGUGGUGGUGGUGUGUGGUGUGUGGUGGUCGUGUUGUGUCAGCGUAAUCAGUAUUUGGCAGUGCGUCGAACGUCCCCAAAGUACACACAUAAAUAAAAAAAAAACACACGUCUCGCUAACCGAAAAAUGUGCUAAGCCUUUCGAAAUGGGAUCGCGAAUCAAAACCGAUGUCAAGAAGCUGUUCGAGUUCUGGUGCGAGGUCGCCCCCACACCGGGCCUGGAAAGGGGCACCAACAACAGGGGCGGAGGACCUGCUGCUCCUCCCGGCGUCAUACUGGAGAGCUUCCCCGAAGGAUUCCGGGACAAGGAGGUGCUCACCGGUAUACCCUCGUUCGCCUAUCCCUGCGAUCUCUCAUUCACCGAGGUUCUAAAGUAUUCCUUUGUGCACACCACCGGCGACUCCAAAUGGCGCUUCGGCUUCUGCAUCCACGUACCCAAGACGAAGACGGCCAUGGUGCUGAUCACCUACCUGCCCUGGCACGACACCUUCCUGCAACUGCUGCAAGUCCUCUCGGACCUCAAGCGGAAUAAUCCCAGCGAAUUCCGGGCCUUCCUAGCCGAGGCCUAUAGCCAAGGUGUUCCCGAAUCCGGCGGCAAUUUAAAGGUCUUCUACAAUGGCGGGCAAAGUCAAUUUGAAUUCGUUCGACCGCAACAGUUCCAGUUACCCAACAUCUUAAAAAAUAACAACCUGAAUAUGUAUUACAGCUUCGUGAAACCCAAGGAGAUGAUAGAGGUGUUCGCCGCCAUGCUCGCCGAGCGACGCAUCGUCUUCACCUCCAGGCACCUGGACCGGCUGUCGGCUUGCAUCCAGGCAGCGAAUGCAUUCCUCUAUCCCAUGGUCUGGCAGCAUAUAUUCAUACCGGUGCUACCCUGGGAAUUCAAAGACUACCUGGGUGCUCCAAUGCCAUAUCUGAUUGGUGUGCCAAAACCAGUGCUCGAAGCCGUCUCCCCCGAGGAACUCGGCGAAGUUGUGAUCUUGAACUGUGAUAAUGAAAUACUGGAGAGUCCCUUUGAUGAUGUUCACAGUCUGCCAUCGGAGAUUGUCUCCCAGAUGAAGAAGCAACUGAACAACAAGCAGGACCACCAGGGCGACGGUGUCUCUAAGAUCUUCCUUAACGCACUGGUCCAGCUAAUUGGUGGCUAUCGGGACGCUGUCGAAUAUCACGAAACAAGUAAAACCUUUAAUCCAAAAAAGUUCAUUGAAUCUCGGCCAGCGCACCUGCGUCCGUUCCUUGCCAAAAUGAUGGAGCUGCAGAUCUUUGCGCAGUUCAUCGACGAUCGCCUCAAGAUGCUCAACAGCGGCCUCGGCUUCUCCGAUGAGUUUGAACUGGAGACCGUUCGGUAUGCGGAGAAGAAGAAACGCGGUCGCAACUACGCCCUGAUGAAGAGCCUCAAGGACAAGACUAAUCCGGCUUAUAAGUCUGCCGUCAAAUCGGUCAAGGAGGGGUCCAAGGGCAUGAAAACCGCCUACAAGGGUCUCAAGACAAAGCUGCGCGAAAACGGAAAUCAGUUUGGAGGCACACACUUCCACUUCGGCCUAGGAUCACCCAACCACUCGGAUCGACCGGACGGUGGCUACGUACGCGGAGGCAAGGCCAUUGGAGCCACCCACCAUUCGGCGCCCAGUUCGCCGGUGACGAGCAAACGACUCGAUGGACUCGGCAGCGGAGUCUCCACGAAUGGAAGCUGCAGCAGCUCCGGAGGCAGGGACUCGAGGGACGGGUCAUUCCAAAGACGCGGGCCAGUACCGCUGGCCAUGUCUAGCUCGAGCAGCCACAUUCAGCCGAACGGCUAUGGGUACGGCCAGGUGGCUGGUGCUUCUUACGGUCAUCAUCUCAGUGCGUCUUCUGCUGUUAGCUCGGCGAGCUCGCUCUGCUCAUCGUCGGAGAUGAACCUCUCGCAGGAGCUGCAGAACCAUCCGCUGUUCAAGACGCCGGCCGUGGACCGCAGUCUUAAGCCAAGCUCAGAACACAGGCGGGGAGGAGCACCACCGGCCAGACCGCCACCGCCGCAGACUGCGCCCGCUUCCUACUACAACCACCCGUACUCGCCAAACUCGACGCAUCCCAUUGUGGAGACGAAGCCGCCGCGACACACCUCCACACCCACCAGGGCACGCCCGGUUCUGCCCACCGCCGACUCCAACAGCUUUGAUAGUCCACCGGACAUGCAGUCACCACCGAUUCCUCCGCGCAAACAGUGCAGCGUCGUGGCUGCCACUGCCGCGGCCAUCAGUGCAGAGAUCAGCAAGCUGGAACGCAACUGCUGGCAGGACGAGUCCCCGGAAAACGGUUUCGUUCGCCACUCCAAUGCAUCCUCGUCCUCGGCGAUGUCAUCCAGCUCAUCGGGAGCCUCCUUUGUGACGGCGGCGUCCACAUUCUCGCACCUAAAUGUCUCCGAUCCGCCGGUGCCCACGCCACGGACCAAGAGAGAGCAGCAGCAGCAGCAUCAUCAUCCGCAACAACAGCAGCCACUGGAGGACAGCAUGAAUGACCUGAUAUCGCUGGACGAUAGCAACAAUACCAGCUUCGACCUGGAGGACUUUGAUCCUUUGAAUCAGAACGCCCGGCCACUACCCCCGUUGGGAAAAGCCUUCGGAAAGAAGUCCAGCACGUUGCCAGCAGGAGUCAACAGCAGUAUAGUGAACACAGGAUCAGCUGGUGGCGUCAACAAUCCACUGUAUCCAUACUUUGCACCAAAACACAUGGCCACGGUGGCCGCUGUGACGGGACGACCGCCACCAUUGCCCUCGAUGGUUCCACCGCAGAUCCAGCUCCAACGCAACACCAUUGCCGGUAAGCCGGACGACGACUUCGAGCUGCUCCGCAAGUACGGACUGGACCAGUUCACGCUGAACAACUCGGCGACGGAGAAGCAGCAGCAUCUAACCACCGGCAAGGGCAUGACCAACUGGACAACGUUCGAUUAGAGGAAAUAUGAUACCAAAAUAUGUGUGAUCGAUAGAAUUUGUUUUUGUAAAUAACUAGGAGAUAGGCCAGGCGCAGGAAUCAAAAGCGAUGACACUAAUAUAGCCCUUAAUACCCACUCUAUCUGUAUCGUAGUCAGUUCUCGUUUAAGUGUGCAUCCAAGGAUCAGAGUAAAUCGCUUCUAUUUGUAUAUAAAUGUUUAGUGGCAAGUUACAGCAUUUGUUUAAGUUGGUCGCUAAUCACCUAACCACUGGACUUCCAAAUCAAAAGACCCUCGAGAAUCUAGAGUAGCCAGAAUCUAAGCCAAUUAGCAUAACAAAUUAUUAUUUGAAAGAUAUCAAUAAACUACCAAUAAAUUCAGGAA